CCUCCUUCACAAGCCGGAUCGGAUCCAUCGGCCUCUUGGGCCCCGAAGUCGAUGAAUCGAGCCGGAAAGAAUCAAGCCGCACCUGGUGCACGGGCCAACCGCAACAAUAUGGACACUCGCCCGGCGGCGCAUAGGCAUGGACGAGCCGGAAAGCAUGAGUACCGUGAAUGGGGAGAUCGCCAUGGAGGUUAG